UCCCUUCCCAAGAUAUCCCAUCCCUUCCCCAGCUGUUCCAUCCCAGGGGUACCAGACCCCCCUGGGUGUUGCGGUGACCCCGAUGCCGCAUCCCCCCCCAGGCGCUGCUUCCUCCAGGGUUACCCCACCCCCUCUCUCCCACCCCUGACACUUCACCCCCUGGAUCACGAAUCCAAACAUUUCAUCUUGUCCCCCUCAGGGAUCUCACAUCCCGUGGAUGUUGCAUCCCCUCCCCACCACUCGCCGGGAAUCGCGUCCCUCUUUAGGUCCCGAAUUCCGCACUCCCCUUUCCCUCGGUUUUGUAUUCCCGGGUUAUUCCAUCCCUUCAGCUGCUGCAUCCGGGAUUGCAGCUCCACCCCUCCCGCUAUUCCAUUCCCGGGCUGCUUCAUCCUCCCGGGAAUCUCUCCAUCCCCCCCGGACAAUGAAUGCCCCUCACCCCCUGUAUUUCAUCCCUUUCCGGGUAUUGUGUUCCCGGACACAGAAUUUCCCCCGGACACCGAAUUUCCCCUGGACACCGAAUUCCCUCCAGGUGCUGAAAAACCCCCCGGGCAUCGAAUUCCCCCCCAGGUACCGAAUUCCCCCGGACACCGAAUUUUCCCUGGAAACCGAAUUUCCCCCUGGACACCGAAUUUCCCCCCAGGCACCAAAAUCCACCCCGGGCAUCGAAUUCCACCGGGCAUCGAAAUCCCCCCCCGGACACCGAAUUCCCCCCCCCAGGUACCGAAUUCUCCCCCGGACACCGAAUUCUCUCCUGGACACCGAAUUUCCCCUGGACACCGAAUUUCCCCCCGGGCAUCAAGUUCCCUCUGGACACCGAAUUCUCCCCGGCAUUGCCGCCCCCACUCGCCCCUCCCGGACCCCUCCUUCAACAGAAUUCAACAGAAUCACCGGGUUGGAAAAGACCUCUAAGAUCGAGUCCAGCCCAGCCCCAACCCCUCAACUAAACCACGGCACCCAGUGCCACAUCCAGGCUUUUUUAAACACAUCCAGGGGUGGUGACUCCACCACCUCCCCAGACAGAAAAUUCCACUGUUUUAUCACCCUUUCUGUAAAAAUCUUCUUCCUAAUUUCCUUAACCCAGCCUGUAUUUCCUUUGGCGCAGCUUGAGGCUGUGUCCUCUCUUGCCUGGAGAAAAAGUCCGACCCCAGCUGACCCCAAGCUCCUUCCAGGGAGUUUAGAGAGUGCUAAGGUCACCUCCGAGUCUCCUUUUCUCCAAGAUAAACAACCCCAUCUCCCUCAGCAUUCCCUCCCCGUCCCUGGCUCCCCAUCCCGGCAGGGCGGUGCGUCCCUCCCGGUCCCGAAAGCGAAAGCGAAACCUCUCGGGAACCGCGACAGCAGCGGCAGGGAAGGGCCACGGAUCUCCCGCAGAUCCCGGAGCUGUCCCCGGGCCGGUGCCAUGGCACGGCCGCUGCUGCCGCUGCUCUGCGCUACGGCCGCUCUGCUGCUGCUCCGCGCCGCCGCCGACACCGCGCGAUGCAGCCGCCCCAAAGCAGUGGCCAACGCUCACAUCGAGGCUGGGAAUCACAUGGAGCUGAAUUCCCGCCUGCGCUACUCCUGCAAUCCCGGAUACAAACGGAAAGCCGGGACCUCCAGCCUCAUCCAGUGCAUCCUCUGGAACGGCUCCGAGCCCCGCUGGACCGACCCCACGCUCCAGUGCAUCCGAGAUCCAGCUUAUUCCUGGGAAACCCCCGGCACGGAGAGCACGACCCAGAGGGGUGAGGAACGGGAUUGGGAUUGGGAUUGGGAUUGGAGCCUGGCAUUUGGAAACCACAACAUUCCCGUGGUGGGAUCUGAUUCGCGCCGUCUCCUGAAAUCCCAGCUGUCGGAUGAGGGCGCGGAAAUAACGGAGCCGCUUUUCCAUUUUGGGAAUUUCAAGAUUUCCCAUCGUUUUCUCAGCAGGAAGAACCGAUGCCAGCCCGAAUUCCAGCCCGAAUUCCAGCCCCUCUCCAGCUUCCAGUCAGUCCCCUGUGCUGCCAGAUGGAUCCAGGCCGCCGGAGACGAUUCCAACACCGGACACAUCCACGCUGGGAGAGGGGAGAACCCCGCUGCCCAUCCCGCCCACGGAUCACGCCGCAGUUUCCAUCCUCUCCGUGGGCUCUUCUGUCGGUGCACCAGGCAGGGCUACGCGGUGACGGAGACGGAUAUUCCCAUGGAAGCUCAUCCCGUCGGGAAUGAGGAGGUGGAGCCUCCCGUCGUCGUCCCCACAGGCUGA